AUGAGCAGCGACUACAGAAUUUAUAUCCGGGAAGUUGGACCAAAAAAGACCAUUGUAGUGACUGUGAAUGAAAACGCGAUGGUUGGUGUUGUUGCGCAACGUAUUUUUCGUUCUCCGGAUCAAAUCUUGACAUACAAAAAUCGUGUGUUGGAUAACACGCACACGUUCAAGUAUUACAACAUUCCAAAGGACAGUUUACUGUACAUAGGCCAUGUCAAACAACGUUCUAUCCCACUUGAAAGUCUUCCCCAAUUUGCGGAAUUGGACCAGAACGGCACACUCAUCAUUCCAUUCAUCGAAGAACUCAUUAAUAAUAACGCGGAAAUUUUGGAGUCAAUUCAGCGCGGAGAGCGACCAAACUUCCACAUCUCGAUCAGAACAAAUCGUAACGGAUCAAACCCAACACAACAAUUCAGAAUAGAAACGACGUUCCACUCAAAUGUUGUUCAUCCAACAACACAAAGCGCGCAAAACGUCUUACAAAAUCGCACAAAUUUGAUUCGACAAAGCAACACCAUUUCCUCUUCAAAUCAAGGCAAUCAGAAUAUUCCAAAUCCACAUACUAAUCGAUCGAAUACAGGGAGUCGACCCACUCCGGUCGAUUUACAGAGUCGUCGUGUGUUGGAGAAUUUACUGAAUACUCCGCAGUUCCGUGGAAUCAUCCAGAGAAGUGCAGGAACAACCAUAGAGCCGCAAUAUAACACGGAUUAUAAUGCGGCGAUGUUAUUCAUUCAGUCGUGGCUCAACGUAUCGAGUCAGAGUUUCAGUCGUAUGGCGGUCUUGUUUUCGUCGAUUUACAAUUUGCUCAAUAACCCACGCAUUGUGUUGAGCCAAGAGACAUUCAGAAACGUCACUGGAGUAAUGCGGGCCAUGUCCAGAUUUUUGAAUGAGUCUGCACAGGUGAUGGAGAACGAGUUUGUUGAGAGGGGAAAUCAAAGUGCGAGGAAAUGUGGAGGAGAGAGAGAUGUGAGUGUUGAUAGCCAAGACGACGACGUCAUGUGGAGAGCUUUCGAGGAGACUUUAGAGGAACAUGAACGACAAAAUGAAGAACAGAUAAUGAAUGCUGCUCUUCAAGAAGCAACUCAGAGCGACAGUUAUCAUAUUCAAUAUAAUGGAAGUGACCAUCUCAUCGACUACAAUACUUCAUUGGAUGAAAUCAACAGCAUCAUAGAUCAGCUGACUAAGUGA